UUUUUUUUUUUUUUUUUUUGAAUAUCACAGAAUUUAAUGCCCAAAGAAUUGCCAGAUUCUUUACUUAGUGAUCGUAUUGUUACGAUUUUAAUGAAAUAUUUCCAUAGUAUCCAUGAAAUGAUAUCGGGUAUAUCAAAUGAGGGCAGCAGAACUGUGGCGCAGCUAGCUUUCUAUGAUACGUUGGGAGGAUAUUUAAAUUAUUAUUUAAUACCGAUCACCAAGUACUCGUACUAUGCCGGCCAAGUCAGCUUACAGACGGUGGAGAAUGUCAUAUUGCUUCAUAGAAACUGUAAAAAGUAUCUCAAUGUUAAUGGUAAUGGUUGGCGAGCACCUAUAAAGGACGUGCUUAGAAAAUUAAAAUCCAUUCAUAUUGAACCUUUGCAUAUGGAUGAAUCAAAGGGUUGUAGCGAGGCCUCGUUUUGCCUGCAUUUAGAUAUCAAUUCUGAUCAAUUUCACUAUGAUAAAGAAAAAAUGAUUGUUCCUUUGCCAAUUGUUGAUCCAGAAGAUCAUAAUAAUUUUUUGAAUAAUAUUUGGUUACCGUUCAAGCACAAGCAAACUUAUGAUCUACGAUCCGAUAGUUCUGCAUAUGUAUUAGUGAAAUUCUAUGAAACUGUAUCCAAGUGCUAUCAAUAUGAACAUAUUGAUCAGAAUUGUUUCAAUAAUAAAUUCCGAAAUUGGUUAUUAGAAAAUAUCCACGUACAUAUGAACGAUGAACAAUUCUAUCCGGGAUUAGGUGCUGUCUUGAGAAUUUAUGAAAUUCUCAAGUACGACAAGAAAUACACUCGCCAUGAUGAGCAAUAUGCCGGCGAAGAAGAUGCAAAUUUUGACUAUAAAAAUGCUGAUGUCAAUCCAGAAGACGAAAACAGAUCGUAUAUGGUGGAAAGUGAUAGCCAUGGUUAGUUUGCUCGUGAAAUUAGCUAAAGUAAUGUUAAAUUUUUUCACCUUUUAGCUUUAGUCGGUAGAUCAAAAACCCUUGAAAAUGGACCCUCAACGGCUAUUGUCGACAGCGCACAACCAAAAUCGGCUAACAUUUCGCAGGCCACCAAGGCGAAUGUUAUGACAAAUAACCCGGGGCAACUUGCCUUGAGUAAAGCAAAUGAAACCAAUGGAGUUGAUCUUGCUACCCAAGAUAUAGCAAAGAAACUUGAAAAGAUUAUUAUUAAAGUGGAGAAUGCAACCGCAAACUUGGCAAAGAAUGCUACAGCCAAUCUUAAUGUAUUUCAACGAGUGGCGAACAAAAUGUCAACCUUAACCAAAAUCGAUCCAAUAACUCACUCACGGGGUAUUUUCGAUUUCUCACGAUCUGAUACGAUACUUGUAUGGCUUUUGCUGUUGCUGUUUGCAGCGAUUCCAACCUUUGCGCUUUAUUCCCUCGUUGAUGGUAAAAAAUCGAAAGGAAAACGGGUCCGUUUAUCUAUUGAAAAGAAAAAAUCACGUAAACGAGCUGGUGAUGAAAGUAACGAUGAAAUCGUUAGUCAAACGGAAAAUCUUAUCAGAAAGCAACCAGAAGAAGAGGAAAUUUUACUACAAUCCGACUCAAAAUCAGUUUUGCCUGGUAUAAGCACUUUUUUCUUCCUU